CACCCAAACAGAAGCCGUCCGCACCGGAGCGGGCUGGGACGACAUGGCUAGGCUGCGCGCCGGCCCGAGCGGCGGGGCUCGGUGAUCCCUCCCUCCCUCCCGCCCCCUCUCCUCUCCUCUCCCGCACGCACGCCCCGCCGCCCCCACCCCGCCCCCACCCACCCCGGGCGCGCCCGCCCGCAGCCCGGGGCGCACACCGCACGCACGCUCGCUCCCCCUGCACACACUCACGCAGCCCGGUGCCCUCCCCUGCUCCCCGCGGCGGAGCUCCGCCACGCGCGCCCCGCCAGCCCGCCGGCCGCCCCCGCCGCCCCCGUGCCCCGAUGGACUGAAUGAAGGCUGCCUACACCGCCUAUCGAUGCCUCACCAAAGAACUAGAAGGCUGCGCCAUGAACCCGGAGCUGACAAUGGAAAGUCUGGGCACUUUGCACGGCGGGCCGGCCGGCGGCGGCAGCGGCGGGGGCGGCGGCGGGGGCGGCGGGGGCGGCGGCGGGGGCCCGGGCCAUGAGCAGGAGCUGCUGGCCAGCCCCAGUCCCCACCACGCGGGCCGCGGCGCCGCCGCCGGCUCCCUGCGGGGCCCGCCGCCAGCGGCUCACCAGGAGCUGGGCACGGCGGCGGCGGCGGCGGCGGCGGCGGCGGCGUCGCGCUCGGCCAUGGUCACUAGCAUGGCCUCGAUCCUGGACGGCGGCGGCGACUAUCGGCCCGAGCUCUCGAUCCCGCUCCACCACGCCAUGAGCAUGUCCUGCGACUCGUCCCCGCCCGGCAUGGGCAUGAGCAACACCUACACCACGCUGACGCCGCUCCAGCCGCUGCCGCCCAUCUCCACCGUGUCGGACAAGUUCCACCACCCGCACCCGCACCACCACCACCCGCACCACCAUCACCACCACCACCACCACCACCAGCGCCUGUCGGGCAACGUCAGCGGCAGCUUCACCCUCAUGCGCGACGAGCGCGGGCUCCCGGCCAUGAACAACCUCUACGGCCCCUACAAGGAGAUGCCGGGCAUGAGCCAGAGCCUGUCCCCGCUGGGCGCCACGCCGCUGGGCAACGGGCUGGGGGGCCUGCACAACGCGCAGCAGAGCCUGCCCAACUACGGGCCGCCGGGCCACGACAAAAUGCUCAGCCCCAACUUUGAUGCGCACCACACUGCCAUGCUGACCCGCGGGGAGCAGCACCUGUCCCGGGGCUUGGGCACCCCGCCCGCGGCCAUGAUGUCGCAUCUCAACGGCCUGCACCACCCGGGGCACGCUCAGUCCCACGGGCCGGUGCUGGCGCCCAGCCGCGAACGCCCACCCUCGUCCUCGUCGGGCUCGCAGGUGGCCACCUCCGGCCAGCUGGAGGAGAUCAACACCAAAGAGGUGGCCCAGCGCAUCACCGCCGAGCUGAAGCGCUACAGCAUUCCGCAGGCCAUCUUCGCGCAGAGGGUGCUAUGCCGGUCUCAGGGGACCCUCUCCGACCUGCUCCGGAAUCCCAAGCCGUGGAGUAAACUCAAGUCUGGCAGGGAGACCUUCCGCAGGAUGUGGAAGUGGCUGCAGGAGCCGGAGUUCCAGCGCAUGUCCGCCUUGCGCCUGGCAGCAUGCAAACGCAAAGAGCAAGAACCAAACAAAGACAGGAACAAUUCCCAGAAGAAAUCCCGCCUGGUGUUCACUGACCUCCAACGCCGAACACUCUUCGCCAUCUUCAAGGAGAACAAGCGCCCGUCAAAAGAGAUGCAGAUCACCAUUUCCCAGCAGCUGGGCCUGGAGCUCACCACCGUCAGCAACUUCUUCAUGAAUGCCCGGCGCCGCAGCCUGGAGAAGUGGCAGGACGACCUGAGCACCGGGGGCUCCUCGGCCACCCCCAGCACCUGUACCAAAGCCUGAUGGAAGGACUCUCAGUUGGGCACAAGUUGCCUCCCAAUGAGGAAAACACAUACCAAAAGAAAACACAAAGGAAAAAGACACUGGAUUCUUAGCUGGGGCCCUUCACUGGUGAUUUGAAAGCACAAUUCUCUCAAAAAGAAACUUCUAGCUGUAAUCAUAGGCCAGGUGUCCUUUUUUGUUUUGUUUUUAAUGGCGAUGGAGCCCGAGUGCAAGCUGAAAGCUGAUCCGGACUUUGUCCUCUGAGCAUGCUGAGCAUCUCAGAAACCCAAAUGGGGCCUUCCUGGAGCAAGUUCAUUUCAGUGUAGUGUCAGCCAAGCUCAGGAUUGCUGAAAAUGUCAACAGCCCCACUUGGGGUCCUGUCAACCUCUUGCAGCCAGAGUUCUCACGAGUAACUGUGGGAACUCCGCCUGAGUUUGGGCUCCCAAGAUGCUACUUUAAGAGAAGACUCUAGCAACCAGAAUGACCUCAUUUGCUUUCCAAGUGCUUAGCCACAUCACACCACAUACACCAAAGUUCACAGCCAUAACAUAAAAAAAAACAAAAAAACAUCGGAUAUGAUAAUUACUGAGCACAAGUAUUAAAUAUGAAGUUAAAAACAAACAAACCCAAGGACCUGUUUUUCCAACUCAGGCAUCUUUUCCUGAAUGGUUUUGAAAGCUUUACAUUGGUCCAGUUUAUAAUUUUCUUUUCUUUACCUCCUGGAAAUCUAAUAUGGUCUUGGAUCCAUCAAAACAACAAAUCAGUUCACUUGAGCUCAAAGUAUCAAGCACAACAAAUAUAAACAGAGAAGAAAGGAAGGUUUUGGAUUCACCACCUCUGGAUUUCCAAGACGCUGAUUGUGAAGUCAUUAGGGAAUCACUGAGAAUAAGGCUUCAAGCACAUUUUGUAGUUUGCUACAAAUUCUGUUUGUACAUAAUGCAGACGCACACUCAGGAGGCCAAUUUAACUGUUAUGGUACACGGAGCAAAUGCAGCAUUUUAAAAGAUCUAGAUUUUUUUAGAUCAUUAAUGUAUCCUUCUUGGUUGUUAGUCACCUGGUUCCUCCUAUUGUGCAUUUUGUCCACCACGUAACACAUUCUCACUCUUUCAGAUUUGGGUUGUUCUCUCGUCCAUCGCAUUGGUAGGGAUGUUUUCAGUGUUUUCUAACAAGAAAAAAAUAGUAAUUCAAAUCGCCAUACAUGUUAUGCAUCUAGUCCUAAACCUCUUCCAUUAUUAAGUUGUCCUAGAAAAACAGCUGAAUAAAACUGGAGAAAACACAGCACACCAAAGAAGCAGAAUACUGCAAACCAAAGACAUUUGUUACUUGCCAUUUUCUAGCCUAAAAAUACUGUGAUUACUUUUAGAAAUCAGAAAACCUCUGCAACUCCGAAUGGCAUUUAGCUCUUGCAAUUUGGCUCACCAUCAGGCUGAGCAGACAGGCUAUGCCAAGGACAUCAGCCAAGCCACCCGGGGAAUGGCUGUCACCUUCCAACAGCAAGCAGGAGAGCGCCCACAGAACUCUGGGAGAUUGCGAAGGUCACCGUGUGCAUAUUUACCAGUGAAUGGCCCCACGUGGGCACCAUAGGGGUGUUCAAAGCAAGCCAAACGCUGCAAUGAUUCUUUACAGACACUUGAGACUGACUUUUUUUUAUGAAUUACUUAAUCGAAACCAAAGAAACUUUUUCUGCACCUACUUCUGCAACAAACAAAACUGUCCCAUUAAGGUGAAUAAGUAAAUAUGUAAAUCAAUGAAAAUCACCACCAAGAAGAAGGAAGCACGCCAGAAAAAAAAAAAAAAAAUACAGUGAGACACACUGUGUUCAAACAGACCUCUUGGGACAUUUUUUGGAAGCAGAUUUUAAAGAAAGGGUUGAGACAAGAAUGGAAGGAAAACGCCUCAGUGGCUGCUGCUUCAUUUGACAACUCACGCGGUAAUCUUAAAGUUGAAGAUUGUCUUUAAUUUGUGCCUAUGCAGUUUUUUCAAAAGAACACGGAACAGAGCAACAGAAACCUCAACAGCUACAAUACCAAAGAUGAGGAUUUCUCACACCUUUUGUUUCAGUUCAUUAUCUCCUCUUGCCUGGCUAACAUACUAAUAGUACCAUUGAUCUGUAUAAAGGUAAUCAAUUUUGUUCUGAGCAACGAAAGGAAAGGGUCAUUUAUUUGAUUUUAUUGUUUCCCUUUCAUUUUGUUUUAUGGCUUUCUACCCCAAUAUGGAAUCUCUCAAAAGGUUCCAUGGACUCCAAGUUUAAAACGUUGGCAUAGUGAACGACUCUCUUCUCUCUGCUCUUCGAAGUGUGGGGAAUGAUAGUGUCAUUUGAAUGUUCUUUGCUAAUCCCUUAGACUUAAGGUUCCUUCUUUGUUCAGUCUUAUCAUCAGGGGAGGGGAGGGGAGUGAGGGUCAGGGUUAGGGGUCUUGGUGACACAUCCUUGCCCAAGCCACAGAACCAAAGAGUUUAUAGAGGAAUUGACAGCCUCAUUUGAUUGCUACAUCCUAACAGGGCUUCAUUUGGGGGUGGGGGGAAACAUGUAAAAAUAAUUGCCAGUUUCUACUUUUCUAUUAGCUUUUUAAAAAUCAGCUGUAAAGUUGCAUUUCUAAAGAAAGAUAUAUAUAUAAAUAUAUAUAAUAUAUGAACACAUAUAUAGAUUCAACUUGACAUUGGUGAUAACCCCAAAAAUUAUUGCUGCCCAAAUUCAUGUCUUGUUUUUGUCCAGUGUUUCACUAAUUAAGUGUUCCGUUCAGAAUUUUGCUCAUUUCUCAUGCCAUCCCAGAGUUCAUUUAUCACUAUGGGUGACUUGGAGUAUUCACAUUUCUGUGAAAACCCUGGGAAAGGUUGAAAGUCAAGGGCCACCUUGAUAAGCUGUUGAUAAAUGGAUCCAUAGUGAAAAUGAGUUUUAUUUGUAUUUGGAGUCAUCGCCAAUCUAUGCCUCAACGGUGAUCAAGGUGGUGAGGCCCAUCCCCCGUCCCGCCCCAGAACUAGGCCAGGGCCAGUGGGGUGCUCAUCUUCAGGGAAGACUCCAUGGUCCAUUCCCACCAGUUAUGGAGAUGAGGCCAGCCCAGAAAUCUGUUCUCCAGGAGCUUCUCGGUCCAGGUGUGCUAGAUCCUCCUUGUGAGUAGAUCUACUAAAGGGACUUCUUAAAGGGGAAGCACCUCCCAUUGCAGUGGGUUCAUCAGGUUUCCUCAGGGUGGUAAUUACCAAAUUGCAUAGACAAGCCUGUGUAUAACCACAGCUGGCUCUGGGGUAAGGCGGUGGUGUUGUUGGGGUGGGGGUGGGUCUCAGUCCUGGAGAGAAAAUACAAAGCAGGGUCCUGCCCCUGGGAGCCCCAUAGUCCCUUGCCUUGUCCCACUCUCACCUUCACCAUGUGGGUCUCCCUUCUCAGUGUCAGCAGCCAUGGAGCUGCGACUCUCCCAGACUUCUGUCAUUUACCCUUCCUGGGCUGUUCCUUGACUUUUCCAUGUCUCUUUGUCUCUUGCUCAUACUCCAUGUCUCCUUUGUCAAAUGACCAAAAAAGAGCAUUAUUUCAGCAGAGGAACACUCCAUAUUGGUUGAUAAAAAUGAAUUUCAACGUGCAUAUUUCCGAAUGAUUCCUCGUGACUUGUAGCCAGUGGAAAUGGUUGUUCUAUCAAGAGUAGAUUGAGCAGCCAGGCCCGCUUGGUUUGAUUAGUGAUUCUUUGGAACUCUAAAUCUCAGCAUUUCAGUCUCUGGCUUCAUUGGAAGAUGUCUAAUCCAAAAGAGGCUGCCUUUGUGGCCCGAGAUUGCCACACUGGCCCAAAUGAGGGGUAGCCACAUACACCCUCUGUGUUCCUGGUGACCUGAGCAAGAGGUCAUAAUGUAAAAAUCCAAGAACUCCCCUCCAAGGACUUUUCAUAAACGUCUCACCAGAUAAUGUCAUACUAGAGAGGAAUGUGUGUUUUAAAAAUCAUUAUGUACAUACAUGAAUACAUGUGUGUAUCAUAUAUUUAUGUAUCAAAAUUGUAAAUCCUACCGAAUUUCAAUUUGUUAAAAAUCUGAAAAGGAAAAAAUUGAAAGGUAAUGGAAUUUGACCCAUGAGUUUCCUCAACCAUUUUUAAAUAUUACUUUUAAAUUAAUAACUUCAGGAAAAAAAUAAUUGUUUAGUCAUGUUAUAGUUUAGGGACCAUUUCUUCAAUCAAAAAAUAAAUAAAUAAAUAAAAUUCCAGGCAUGUCUCAGCCAUCAGCAAUGGGAGAAACAGUGUGAAGGGACAGUCCUGAACCAAAAUUCACAGUUUUGAGGCACCAGAAAUCCAAAGUCUAUUGAGUGGAAAAAUACUUUUCUUUGUUCUUUACUUUUGUUUUCAAUGUGAUUUUGGUUCCGGGAAUAUAAUUCUUUCAUUCCAGGAAAUUUUUAUUAAGAGCCAAUAUUUUUUUAAGUAAAGCAGCAACAAUAAUAAAAACUCAACCCCAACAAUAAAGGCUUUUCCAAAAUGUAAAAUAGUGUGUAGGCUGUACCAUUUAUAGGUACCAGCGAGAAUGAGUCAGGAAGGACCCAGCCUGAUGCUUUCUUUGGAAAGAUGAGAGCAGUGGCUCUGUAGUAUCUUUUUCUGCAGGAUCUUGGCAAUUAUGGACUAAGAAAAUGCAAGCUAAUUUUCAUUCAUAGCUAAAGUAAAAUAAAAAUUAGGAAGGCAAAUCUGAUACACACAUAUAUACAUGCAUGUUUGUAAGUCAAACAAUGUAUUUCAAAGCCAAAUAUAAAUACAUUUUAAACAAUCAAUCAUUUUACCUUAUCUAUGCUGGGCACCCACCUAUUAAUGCCAAUAAAUUAAAAUUGAACAGAUUUUUAAAAAUCAUUACCAUCUGGAUAGGGAGAGGAGGACACUUCCCCACUUUUGAAAAUAUUGAUAGAAUUACAUAGUGUCAUGACAGUACACUUUGGAUUUCCAGAAAGUUGGAUUUGCAGUGAACUUGGAUUUUCAGGAAGUUGUAUAGUAGAAGUUUUUAAAAAUAUAAAAAGAACAGGCUGGGUUCCAGUGUUAUUAAAGAGUAAUAAACUCUAUUAACAAGUAGAGAAAAAGAGAUGAUACAUAUGGUCCCAGUUUAUACCAAAACCCAGACACAAGUAGUGGGAACAUAAUUAUCACUAUUCCUAAGAGAUCAGAGCUGACUUUUUGCUGUUGUUGCUGCUGAUGUUGUAUGAUUUGGACUUGUUAGCCUAACCGUGGGGAGUGAAUGGGAAAAUGGUAGAUGCAGAAGGAAGAGAGCUGGUGCCUAUAGCUUUCUAAUGUUUACCUGUGAGACUGACUAGCUUAAUAAUUUUGUACCUUUCACUAAGACCAAGUCACCUGUAAAAGAGCAGGAGAUCCUGCUUAUCAAGAAGGUUACAACGUCCUUACCAAAGGAAGAAAGGGCACCUGAAUUUGUAAAGAUCUCACAAGUUCAUGAAUUGGCUGUAAAUGUGGAUGUCCAAUGCCAAUUUUCUACCCUUUAUGUUUUUCUUUCCAGGGACAGGAGAAAGGGAGGGUUUGUUUAAUUAGUUUUAGGAAGUCUCAGAAUGCUCUAUAAAAUACAAAAAUAAUUAUUAAAAUAAAAUAGGGCUUCACAUAGGUAGACACAAAUCUUAUAAAAGGGGCUGAUGGGCAAUUGAAUCCCACAGGACCGGAAAUACUCAUUGUUCUCAGAUACCAAAAUGACUCUGACAGUCUUGGGCAAGUUAAAACUGGAGCCCAAGAUUUCCUUACCAGUGUUUGAGUUUGCCAACUGGAAUUAGCCAGGCAAUACCUUUUUAGUCAGGUAACAAGCAUAGGAAAAAACACAUUGCCAUGAGUUUGGUCAUCCAAUGGAAGUCUUCCACUCUGCCCCAUUGUUAGCAGCAGACAUUUCAAAUAGCAUAAACCUGGGCAGAUAAGUCUGCCUCAAGCUCACACAGUCUGUCAGCUUGGAUGUAUACAGGUUUACAUACAUCUUUCGACAUGUAUUCUCAUGAUGUCCUUAUAGCCACACACAUUACCUAUACGUGUCUAGACUGUGCACAGAUACCUGCGCGCAGACAUCGCCAUACACAUCUACUUCCAUCUGUUACAAUAAAUACAUUUUAAAUGAUCAUUUAACAUGUAUGUAGUACAUCUACUUUGUACAUGGUUUUCAUUCUUUAUUGUAACAUGUAGAACUCAAGUUCAGGGGGAGAAACAUCUUCCUUGUGUGCACCUGGAAUUACCUUCAUUUGGGCACAUCCAAGAUAAACUCAACUUUCAAGAAACCUUGGAUGUUCUUUAAUCAUCUGUGUAAGAAUGAUACAUACGCUUGAUUACUUCGGUUGAAUAGCUUUAUUCUGGAUCUCUCAUAACUAAAGCUAAAUCCAAAGACCUGAAAAGGGGCAAAAAGAAUGAAACAAAGGAAAAAAAGGAAAAAAAAAUAGCAAAAGAAAGUGCAAACUAGUAGGGAAAAAGUGGACUCUGGUUCCCAGGUUUGAGACAAUGGUGACGUGGUAUUGUGGGGGCCACGCUAGCUAGAGGGGGGGAAGUGGUGAUUAUUUUUUCAUGCUUGUCACAUCUAAAUGGUCUUUCUGAGCAUAAGUUUUAGAGGUUAUCAUUUCCUGCUUUACUUUCAUUUACUUUAUUGAAAGAGGUUAAUAAAUGUCCAUCAAAAAAUGAAGACAGUCAAAAGAAACAUUUUUUUUCUUGUCUCAUUGGGUUAUGACCCAACCAGCUAUGUAAUUAAUUUAUUUAAUUAGUUUUUAGAACAGAAGUGUAUAGGAUGUGGGUAAUUAUUUAAUCAUCCUUCCUUAGUUUGAUUUUACUCCUUGUGCUUAUUUAUCAAAAUCUAGACCAAUCUCUUGAAGGUUAGUUUGCUUUAUAAAGCAGUGAAAUUCUGUUACAGACAGGGAAGAAGUACAGGUUACAGGAAAAAAAAAAAAAAAAGAUAAAUUGAGGUAUGUUUCCUUCUUGAAUUAACUUUGAAAAUAGUUUAAAUAACAAUUAUUAAAUUAUUUAAUUUAAGUUCGCAGCCUCACCUGGUACCAGGCAAACUUCACCUUUGAGUUAUUGGGGCCCGCAGAGCCUUCCUAAUGUAACUUAUUUAUUUAACUUAUUCAGCACCUGUGAAAGGUGCACUGUAUAGUUUAUAUUUUUUAUUUAAAACAACAGAGAGCACUAUAGUUUGUUUGCGGUCAGAACAACAGAGCAAAGUCUGUGGACAAGCAAUGACUAUUCAACUUGAACCUGUGCAUUCAGAAAACAUAAGCCGAGACCCUGCUUCACCAGCCUGGAUUUCGGGGCUUCUAUAUAGAAACUGGAAAAAUACAUUUUAAAAAAUCGUAACUGCAAAAAGAGAGAAACCCUUACACUAGCUGCUUCCAAGAAUGAACUAUGUGUGUGUGUAAAACAACAAAACAGAAAAGGAAAAAAAAAAAAAAGCAGAAAAAAGAAGAAAAAAAAAAGGAAAAACUUUCUAUUUCUAGUGAGAACCAAAGAAGGCUACCUCACUGACUUUUUCCAUUUGUAAUUUUAAUCGUGUUGAGACACCAAAGAUACCAAAGAUUUCUUUCUCUGUGCGGUCUGCAUUUUGCUUGUGCUCUUUUACAAUUUUAACUAUUCUCUCUGAUGUAUGGUAUGUACAGCCACAGCUCAGAUACCCCAAAGAAAGAAUUACCUGUGUGACGGCGGCUGCUAAUUUGAGAAGGGAUAUUUUCUGUGUUUCUCUUGUUUGUCCCCCAUCCCUGCCACAUGUUCAGGAUGCAAAUUCAGAUGCUGCUGUAAUUGGAUUCCUUAAAUUCCAAUGCCAAAUGGGUGAAGAAGUCUGGUUGGAAGUGGCCUUCAGUCCUAGCCAUGACCUUGUCCUUACUAUGGAGCUAAAACGGUCAAGAUUUCCAAUUACUGGACCAUAGAAACUCUAACCACUCAACAGCAGAGCUAGAAGGGAGCUUAGAAAUCAUUUAGUCAGCACUCUCCUUCCCCCGGAGGCCUGGAGGAGUUAACACUACACAGAGGCAAAGGCCUCCUGCUCCAGUGUUCCAUGCUUCCCCUGCAGGAGACAGGCCACACUUGGCAAAGAGCAGGGUGGCAAUCCUUUAGCAAGGAGUAGGCCCCGGGCUUAUCACUUAACAUUUCAGUGGUUAAAAAUAGUCAGAGGCAUUUCAGUGUUUGUCUAGUUAGAACCUCGAUAGGAAGUCACAUAUGGUCAGUUGCUACAAAAGUGGCCAGCCUUGAAACAUGAGGGCCCAUCGAGAGGUUUUUGCCUUGGAAGCACACAUUGAUCCGAUGUGAUCACAAUUGAAGUUUCCCAUUACGAAGUGUGCUAUCCAUACACUUUCAUUCAAUGGGAAGAGAGAGUUUGUUUGUGGCCAAUUGAGUUUAAUUAUUAUGGAUAUUUUAGGUUGGUAUCAGAGAAAAGGAAUUUGAUUACCAUUUGUACAGGUGACAUUUACUAGUCAGCUUUUGCCUUUUCUUCUGGAAUUGUAGGUGUGUGUUUACAUUUCAUUUCUAGUGAGAGAACAUUAAGCCUAUGUCAAGGAUUAUUUAUUGUAAAUGACAGAUGACCCAAAAUUUUAGAGGAAUAGACAAGCAAGUUAAGAAAUGAUUACUUUAAGUUGCUUCUCUCUUCCCUUCUUACUCAUAAAAUUAGUCUCUUUUAUUUUUUAUUUUUGCAUUACAUAAUUCAGUCACUCUUAAGGUCCAUUCAUUAGAGUGACUUGCAUGUUGGCCAAUGAAUCAUUCUCAGCUUCUGACCAAAUGGGUCUGAGACAUAUGCAAAGACCCACCUGUCAUCUGUACAGCUCUUUAUUGAGCACUAGUAUUUUGCAUUUCACAUAGAGAUGUAGCUAUCUUUGAUCUUUUAAAGGGACCAUGUACACAAAGAAGCUAAGAAAGAAAAAGAUCAAUCAGCGCAUGCCUUGACCCAGAGUAGCAAGUAAAGGAAUUUAGAAGACAGAUGACCGCCUUUAGGAGACUCACUUAUCCCCUUCCUGUGGUUUCCAAGCACCAGACUGAUGUGCGAAAGUUCCCUCCAGUCCAGACAAGCUGAAAGGUCCACCUUCCCUCUACAUGGCAGGCUUGUAGGGCCUUCCUUUCAAACAGCACGUUGCAUUGGUUUUCUUCCCCAAUUCCUACUGGCAACAGAAGUCUCAAAACACCUGGGAGGCCCACCAGAGAUCUGAGCAUUCAGCAGCAGAGUGCUCCCCUCUAAGCAAAGACCACCUCCCCUGCAAGAGGGAACCUAGAGGGAGCGAUGGCAGCCUGAACACAGAAAACAUCCCCAAUUGGCAGACCCCUCCUCAGCAAUCUCCCCUCAGCCUCAUGCUUCACUUGCAAAGUGUGACAUAACCACGGGACGAGUGCCUUGCUUGAACCAAAGCAACGAUUUAGCCAGUCUGGACCUCUCUGUGCUUUUUUUAAUCCUUCCUGUGAAUACCUCAGCUUCAACUGGGCCUCCAUACAGUAAAUUGGUGGGCUUAUUGUACUGUGGUGCUUUGCAACGCAACCCUGCAAAGAACAAGAUUUAUAAUACCAAAGGUUCUCUCUGUCUCUUCCUUCUGCUCCCCGUCCUUCUCCCUUUUCUAGUUCUUCACGGUUCCAAAGCUUUAAUAUGAACCCUGGGCAUGUUGGCAAUGCAGACCGCGCAAUUCCUUACCGAAUUUUCUCAGAUAUACCUCAUAGAUAAUAGUGUUUAGAGUAAUGUUAUUAUAGCGUAUGUAAUAAAUAUUCACUGUUUCUUUUUGGUAACUGUGAUUUAAAAAAAGAAAAAAGAAAAAAAAAAGCUUUAUAUGUUUUAGGUUGUGCUUUUGUAAUAGACGAAAAGGUGCGCUUAAAAAAAUGUAUGUUCUUUUUUUUCCCCCUUUGGGUUUUAUUUAUUCUUGAUUGGGGAAAGUUGCAGAAUGAGCCCAAAGUUUACAGUUUCAUAUUUUGCUGAAGAAACAAUCUGUGUUCAUUUGCUCUGUUGAAAAAAAAUUAUUAUUUUCUACAUUUGUGCUACUUGGUCUGAACAAUUAAUUGUUCUGUGUUAACAGUGUAGUAUUAUAAUUAGCAACUGCCAAUCAGUGUGCUAUAAGUUUAUGCAUGAGGCUAAAAACUUAGCAGUGUGAUGCAUUGUGGUCUUAAUAGCAACAUUUCAUUUUGAACUAGAUCGUCCUUCCCCUUUGGUUCAAUGGACUUUAUUUAUGCAUGGGCGCCAAUCAUUUGUUAGCGGUUGUGGAACAGUUGUGUAUACAUUAAACUGUGAAAAUAUACACAGUUCAGCCUCAGGCAGUGGUAAUAUUGGUUUCCAUGGGAGAUAUCUCACCUCGAAAAUACCUUCACAUCUGUUGGGAUUUCAAAAUGAGUCUGUUGAACUGGGUUCAAAUUUUAUGAGAACAGUCAUUCCAAGUUUGAGUUAGCCAACUUGUUGUCCACAACCGGGAUCCUUGUGACACAGCUGUCUCAUGCUGUGCAAGAGGGGUUUGGAAACAAGCAUUGAAAACAACUCAACUCUGCAUUUUCAGUCUCCACAAAAGGGCAUCAUUUUGGCUUUAUGUUCAUGACCUCAGACCUAACUAGCCAUGUGCAUGGAGAUGUGAAUCCAUCCAGCUCUCACCUCUCCUGACUCUGUUUGGGAGUGACCACUUGAAUUAUGCUUGGUUUCUUCUAGUAUUUUGUUGUCAGGUCAAAUGCCCAAUAGAAAUUCAAAUGACAUCUGUAUCAAUCAUUAUUCUAUGGCUUUUUAUUGUUUUGUCCAUUCUCCUGGAUAACUCCACCAACUAUUCCAGUGAUAUGGGCAAAAAUAGAUGACCAUUCCCUACAGCAUCACCUGUGCAGCCACAUCGUGGUUCUUCUUCCCCAGAGAUGGAGAGGACUCUAACUUGCUCUUUCCUGCCCAACAAUACGACAUCUAUCCUGAAUGGGAAGUGGAAGAAGUUUUGAAUUCCUGUUUCAAAAAACCAUCUUGCUUUAAACUCUCUAGUUAUCUGAGGCUUGAGAUCUCAAAAAGUAUUUUUCAUUUGCAAAUGAAAACUUGUUCUUUCUUAUAUUUUGGUUCUGAGACCUACUCUCCAGUUUCAUACCUAUUUCCCAAACCAAAAUGUUGACAUAAAGCCAAAUCAACUGCCAAGCACACUUUGCAUAGGAGAGUGCAGCCCAGAGUUGGGAAAGCAGCAGCCUGCUAUGCAAAACAUUGGAAACCACCAACAGUAAAGCAUUCAUAUUUCCUGUCAAUGAGACAAUGCUGGGAAUUAAUUUUCAUUAAUAACACAAACUUUUUUUUUGCCUUAUAAAGUAGAGAGAUGGUGAUAAUGAAAGCUUUGUAAUAGUAGUCUUUUUUUAUAUAUAUUUUCCCCUUAUUAACCUGCCAAAGAUGGGAAUGGAUACAAGAAUUUUAAGUUGGCUUUUGUAAGACAGUUAAUGAUUGUAAUCGUGUUUAAUCUUUCAGAAAACUUUGUGUUCUUCCACAAUAAACCGAAUCGAAUAUUUGUUUCAGUGAAGUUUUCACACUCACAAACCCACAAACAAUUCCUCUUGAUGCAGGUAUUGUAGUAUCUACAAGGUUCAAAUGCAUUUUCCAUCCAAAGUAAACAGAGGAAUGUCUGAGGCAUGAAGGUGCCCUGCCCUUUUUAUUAUAAGCAACGCACGGGUCUGGUCCGCUAGGAUUUGCCAAGAAGUCUUGUCAUAUGAAACUCGAGGUAUAUUUUGUUAUGCCAUCCUAUGUCUUUUUUUUUUUUUUAGACUUUGUGGAAAGUGAUAUGUUGAAUCAAGUGUAAGCUGAGUUUUCCAGACAACUGACGUAGCUACAUCGUGAAUGUUAUUUUGUUAUUAAAGGGUUUUUACUCAA